AAUGUUGUUACAGAUGCGUUGGUGUGUAGCGGCGCUGUGGUUGUGGGCGCUGGCGACGACGCUGCUGAGCACGCUGGCGGCGGCCGCGCCCGACGCCCAUCCUGACUCAACACAGGUGGACACCGACGUAGAACUAACAGAAGAAGAGAAGCGCGCCUGGCAGAGUCUGCACGGUGGUUGGGGCAAGCGCGGCUGGCAGGACCUCAACUCGGCGUGGGGCAAGCGCGCCUGGCAGGACCUCAACUCCGCGUGGGGCAAGCGCGCCUGGCAAGACCUCAACUCCGCGUGGGGCAAACGAGGAUGGCAAGACUUGAACUCCGCCUGGGGGAAGCGCGGUUGGCAAGACCUUAACUCUGCUUGGGGUAAACGCGCCUGGGUUGACAUGAACCAGCCGUGGGGCAAGCGGGCGUGGCAAGAUCUCAACUCCGCUUGGGGCAAACGCGCUUGGCAAGAUUUGAACUCUGCGUGGGGCAAGCGGGGGUGGCAGGACAUGAGCUCGGCGUGGGGAAAGAGAGCACCGGAAAAAUGGGCAAACUUCCACGGGUCGUGGGGCAAGCGCUCGGGACCCGAGACCGACUACGAGGACCUCGACCUCGAGCAACUAGUCCCGGUACAGCAGAUCGACAGCAGCGAACACAUGGAAGCUCCUGAGAAGAAGGCCUGGUCGGCGCUGCACGGCGCGUGGGGCAAGCGGCCCGUCAAGCAGCCAAUCACGAACAGCGGGGCGUAUUACUGGAAGCGAGAGCCCGGCUGGACGAACCUAAGGGGCAUGUGGGGCAAGCGCUCCGUCGACGAUGACGACCAUGAGAGCAGCGCGACGAGAGACGAGGCCUAGACGAGUUCCACUUAUGUAACAAAUACAACGUCAUAUCCGUACGGUACAACAUCUGUGUCUAACUAUCUGUAUAUACGUUCCAGUUUUCCGGGCACACGUGACAUUGUAUCCGGAAAACCAUUCUAAAUUAUUUGCAUAUAAUCUGCGGCCAACUCGCUUUACUUCCAACCAGUAAAGGGACUUGGCUUCUAGUUCCUUUUACAUAUUGAUAUUUAAUAUAACGUACAAAUAUAGCUCUCCAGGACGUCACCUUCUAGCGUAAGAGUUAUAUAGCGUAAGAUAUAAGUUUAUUUUGAUCUCUGAGGGGGUGUAACUGAGGUUAGCAUAGUUAGUUAAUGAACUAAUUGAUUGUAUUUUAUUAGAAGUUGAUGUAAAUUAUAAUAUAACUGCCGCGCUGCGGCGUUUGUCCAAUAAAAGUUCAUUCGGAAGC